UCAGUUUCUGAUCGCCCGCCGGUGCGUCGAACCAUUUGCCUGUCGUCCUAUAUAUAUAUCUAGCUAGAUCGAUCAUCCGUGUCAGGACUCGAUCUGCAGGAGACGCCGCCGCGCGCCGACUAUAGAGUACAAGCAGAAGCAGAGUGUGCUUGAUUAGUUCCUUGCUACUAGUUCUGUACUACUCUUCUGGCUUAUAUAUAUAUAUAUAUAUACACAUAUAUAUAUAUAUGAAUCACGGCAUCCACGGUCGGAGGUAUCCUUUCUCUGAGUCGGCAAUGGAGCACGACGUCGCCCACGGUGGUGGCGGCGGCGCUGUCCCCGCAGGCGAAGAAGCGUUCGAGGUGGCUCAUCAUCAGGAGGUGGAGCAGCAGGAGGAGUUCAGCGACUCUGAGUCGGGGUCCGAGCCCAUCGAGAUCUCCGACCUGAAGCGCCGCAUGUGGAAGGACCAGAUGCUGCUCAGCAAGCUGGAGGGGCGCGCGGGUGUCUUCAGGGCCGGCGGCGGGGCGGCGGGCCCGUCGUCCAGCAGGCCGCUUGCGCCACCGUCGUCGACGGCGAGCGCGGACGGGGCGGAGGAGGAGGAGGAGGAGGAGAACCCCGAGAUGCGGUGCCGGCGCAAGGCGAUGCUCCGCGCGCAGGACGGCGUGCUCCGCCACAUGCUCAAGAUGAUGGAGGCCUGCAACGCGCGCGGGUUCGUGUACGGCGUCAUCGACGAGGCCGGCGAGCCCAUGUCCGGGUCCUCCGACAGCCUCCGCGGGUGGUGGAAGGACAACGUGAGCUUCGACCGGUCCGGGCCCAUGGCGCUGACGGCCCCGGCCGGCGAGAGCCCGCCGGGCGUCGCGUCGUGCCUCCACCGGCUCCAGGACAUCCAGGACAGCACGCUGGGGUCCGUGCUCUCGGCGCUCAUCCAGCACUGCGUGCCGCCGCAGCGGAGCUUCCCGCUGGAGCGCGGGCUGGCGCCGCCGUGGUGGCCGACCGGGGAGGAGGCCUGGUGGGGCUCCCAGGGCGAGGUCCAGGCGCACCAGGGCGUGCCGCCGUACCGGAAGCCGCACGACCUCAAGAAGGCGUGGAAGAUCUCGCUGCUGAGCGCGGUGAUCAAGCACAUGAGCCCGCGCUUCGACCAGAUGCGCAAGCUCGUGUGGCAGUCCAAGCGCCUGCAGCAGAAGAUGAGCGCCAAGGAGACGGAGACGUGGUCCAAGAUCCUGCGCCAGGAGGAGACGCUCAGCCGCCGCCUCAAGACCGCGCUCAAGAUCACGCCCCUCGACGGCGACGGCGACGAGGAGCACGGCAGCAGCAGGGACGACCAGAACGACGGCCUGGAGGACGUAGUCCGCGGUGUGCAUGACAAGCGCAAGCGCGAGCUGAUCAGCACAGUAGACAACGGCGGGGAGGCGCUGGUGGCCGGCCUGCUCGUGGCGGAUGUUCACCUUAGCCCGAUGGACGAGCUCCUGAAGCGUUACUACUACGGCUGCGUGCCUGAUCAGCAAGAAGGCGCCGUCGCGCCGGAUCAGAACGAAGAAGCUGGCGUCAUGAUGAUGCCUCUGGGAGAGCUGGACCUGGACCUGUGCGGCGUCGUCGACGAGGUGCCGCCGGACGUGCUGUUCGAUCUCAUCGCGAGCUGGUCGGGAGCGGACGAGGACGACGCGUUCCGCCUGAUGCAGGACUGAGCACAGUGACUCAGCUUCAGCGUGUUGGGCCACGCGUCGCCGCGCGAUAGGCCUGCUUGGGCGGGAGGAACGACGUGGCGCGUGGAUGGCGUGGAUGGCUAGUCAAACUGUCAAAGUGCGUCUAGGUACUCUGCUUUGUUUGCGUUCAUGUUCUUCUGGAGCUUAUCGCAAUGGGGGCCUGUGACUGUGA